CUUUUGUCAUUAUUUGAUAAAAUUUCUUUAAUUUUGUAUUUAAUGCUAAGUUCCAACUACCGCCAUAACCUUGGUAUUUUACCAUCAGGAUAAGUUCUGCUGUAUUACAGUGUUAAAAAUCACGUGUUGUCUGUGCCAAUCAUUUUGACCUAAACAAAAAAAAAACUUUAACAUCAAUAUUUACUUUACAGGCAACUUUACUUUUUAACCAGCAUUAGUUCCUCAUAUUUCAGCUGAAUUUCAAUUUGGUAUUGCUCAUUGUCGUAAUUGAUAUACUACAAAAGGAGUAUGAUGAGAUGCAUGUUGUAUUCUAUUAUGAAGUAUGUAAUGAGAAGUGUUUAAAUGAACUCUUAAAUGAACUCUUGAAUGCUGGAAAUAUAUAUUUUAUUUACGAUUGCUUGAGUCAGUACUUUCAUUCAUCUCAUUUAUUUCUGAGCUUCCAAUAAACAUUUCAAUAAGAAUUGCACAUGGUAUUUAAAGAACUUUCAGGCAAUAUUUUAUUAAAGGAAAUUUGAACAGGGUAUUUUACAUUUUUUGUAUUUGUUUUCUUCCAUUUACAUGACAUCAACCUAUCUUUGUGUAUUUACACUGCCUUGCAGAUAGCAGUAUGUAUUCAUGUACGCUGGCAUUUUUUUUACGUAAUGUUGUGAAUCUAGCAACUAUAUUAGUUCGAAUAAACGCCUUCUCAUGCAAAUUAGAAGGAUUACAGUUAUGGAUGAAUUUAUAUACAUCUAUUUAUUAAAAUUCUAAAACUAUAUAUAUCAAACUGGCUGAAAAAUUUAUCUACUGUCGAAAGGAUCAGAAAGGGCGUUUAUUCUGCUGUCUGCAAGUCAGGUAAGAAUUGUAAUAAUCUAGAUAUCCCAAAUCACAGGGACAGAUUUUACAUUAAAAAUAAUAAAAUUCUGUCAUGAGAUCACUUUAUGCUUUUUUCAAAAUAUACACUCUAAUAUGAUUUUUGAGAAGAAAUUGCUACAGUCUGAAGAAGGAACAAAGAACGAGCGAUUUUCCUGCUCAGAAUCUUUAAAAAGAAAAUGGUCUUGCGUUUAUUCGAACAAAUAUGAAUUGUUUUUCGGUGAUGGGAGAGAAUAUUUGGAAAACAGAGAAAACCUGCGGGAUGCAUUUUCUGAUGCUGAAGAUUAUUUAGAUCAGGGACUGGUUUCUGCUGAUCGUUGUGCAAGCAGAACAUCUUCUAUAAGUUCCUGGUCUGAGAAUUUCAGACCAUCUUUCACUGAAAAGCUAAAAUUCAAAUCUGUAAUGGAAGGAGAGCAAGCUAUUUUUAAAUGCAAACUGGUUGCCAGUCCAGCACCAAAGAUUGCAUGGUUUCAUAACAACAGACCUAUAUGCAAAGAUUCAAGAAAGAUUAUUAAAAUAGAAAACAUAAUGCACGUUCACAACUCAAGUUUGGAAAUCAAUAAUGUAGAAGAAAAAGAUUCAGGGAGUUAUAAAAUAUUUGCAAUAAACUCUGAGGGCUCAGCAGAAGCAACUGCAUCUUUACUUGUUGCGCUUAAAGAAGAGCAAAAUGCAAACUAUCUGAGUUUUGUGAAAAGAUCAGAAAUGGUUCACAAAAGUAUAGACUCUUUAGUUAAAAAACGGGAUGCAAGACUUAGAGUUGAUCUCAGACAUGUUGGAUCUCCCUUUGAUAAGAAAUAUCAGGUUCAAGGAGCUUUGCACAAACAUUCAAAUUCUAAAAUCAGACUGAUGCGUACAAUGUAUUUUGAAAGGACACCAACAAAACAUCAUCUGUUUAAUGAUGAUCCUGCAGAAAUACAGACACCUAGGUUAUAUGAGAGGAUUCUGGAUAAGGAUAGCUUGAUUGAUGAAGACAUUAAAAUUAAACUACAGCUUUUACGUGAAGCUAAAAGGAAAAAAAGAUUUUCUCUUGCAUUCUCUGAAGCUUCAUUUGACCUAGGCACUGCAUCAAUUGAAGACAAUCUAAAGUACAAUUAUGCUUAUUUAAACAGAGAGCGCAGCAGAAGUGUGGGAGACCUUGAUCGCAUGGAUUUUGAAAGUAGUAAGUCUUAUUUUGUGCAAGAACAGGAAUUAUCUCCUGGUGAAUGUUUCCAGAGAGAGUCUCCUGAAUUUCACUGUCGAAUUGAACGGAUAUUAGGACUUCCUUCACAGGAAUUAGAACUACAAAGAGCUCCAAAAGAAAAUAUUAUUGAAGCAUCUUCCAGAACAAAAGCCAUAAAGUCAUUAAAAGAGCAAUCUCUGAAAGGUAAUUUAAUUCAAGAAACAGAACAGGCACAGGAAAAUCAAUACUGGCUGGAAGAACAGGAAACUGAUGAAUGUUAUUUUCAGAAAGAAUAUAUGAGAAAAGAAUCAGGGAGUGAACUUCAUGAAGAACCACAGGCACUUUCUGACCAGUGGCUUGGAGGCUUUAUUAGUAUGCAAAGGGAUUUGCUAGCAAAGAAGCCUGGAGAGUUGUUUGAACCUUCCACACCAGCAGUCAAAGAAACAAUGAUAAUUAAAGAAGCAGUGGAGUCUGAAGACAGAGUUAAGUGUGCAGAAAUUUUAUUGAAGGAAAACGAAUUCCCUUUGUUUGCCAGAACACUGAUAAAGCAAACUCCUGUGGACGUAAAAGAAUGUCCAAAUAAACCUGAGUUUAAGGAAGACCAUGAGAUACUUUCUGAUCAGUGGUCUGAAAGUUUGAUAAGUAUGCAGAGCUCAUUAGCAAAGAAAACUGAAAAUAGCCAGUCAGUGUUUGAGCAUUCCAAAGCAACAGAAAUAAAUGGAUCCAAAUUUGGUGAAAAAGAUGACAUGGUGAGAGAAUGUACACAAAAACUGAUACCUUCACCUUUAACAGAGAAAGCCUCCACCCUUUUCAGAAUGUCAUUGAAUGAUAACACAGUAGAACCAAGCAAUACUUCACAUAGAGGUGAAGUCGAAGGAGACCCUAUUGCACCUCUUGACCAAUGGCCUGGGAAUGUCUUUGCAAAAGAGGCGCCUAGAUUUGACCACAUAAUCAUUGAUCAAACAAAAUCAGCAUCCAAGGAAAAUGAGAUUAGCAUCUCCAAAAUCAAUCAAAAAGCAGCACAAUCUGAAAAUGAAGUUACAGAUUAUACUCAGAUGCUAAUAUCCUCUAUUUUACCAGAGAAAAAAGAAACCUCAAGUUUUGUCAGCUCUUUGAAGAAAGAAAUACCAAAAGAAGUAAAACAUGUUCCAUAUAAGUUUGAUAAGAUAGACUAUGCGACACCUCUGGAACAAGGGCCUGAAAGAUUCAUUAGCGUACCGAGAGAUUUAUCAAAUCAAAAACCUAUAGAUGGUUAUAAAAUAUCUGACCGAUUUGCAUCAGCAGUCAGGCAGGCAGAGGUGAUUAGUAUGUCCAAAAUCAGGCAAAAAACCCGACAAGAUGCAGCACAGUUUAUAGAUUCCAACCAUGUUGUGAGACAUGCUCCCUUGACAGCAAAAACAAAAGAAACAUCAACUUUUGCUGGAACAGUGAUAAAACAAACUCCUAUGGAAAUAAAAGAAUUUCUAUAUGAAUUUGAUGUUCAAGAAGAAUGUGAGUCAACUUCUGAUAAAAGUCUUGGAAGUUUUAUUCAUGUGGAGAAAGAGUUUCCAGCAGCAAAAUCUGAAGAUAGGCAUGGAAUCCAAAUGCCUGACCAAUCUAGGUCAGCAGUAAAAGAGGCGAUUAGUUUAUCUAAACUCAACCAAAAACAACAGUAUAAAGGCAAGGUUAAAGACCACACUUCAAUACUGAGACCUUGUAUAUCAGGAAAAAAAGAAACCUCAGCAUUUGUCAGUUCAUCAAUGAAUGAAACAGCAACAGAAAUAAGAGAACCCUCAUAUAAAUCUGAGGUUAAGGAUAGCCACAAGAAACCUCCAGAUCAACUUGUUGGAGGUUUUGUUAGCAUGAGGAGGGACUAUAUAACUGAAAAACCUGAAGAUGCCCAUGGAACAACCAGUAGGCCCAUACCAGUAUUCAAACAAAUAGAGAUAACUAGCAUAACUAAAAUCAGUCAUAAAGAGCCACAACCUGAAGAUAUGGUUACAAGUGCCACUCAAAUAAUACAACCUUUUUUGCCAGAUAGCAAACUUGAUUCAAGCUUUCUCAGUUCAUUGAAAAAAGAAACAGCAAUAGAUGCAAAAGUGCCUGCAUAUGAAAUUGAACUUAUGGAAGACCAUGAAACAACUGAUGACCAACAGCCUGGUUUUCCAACAGAUAAACCUGAAGAGGGUCAUGAAAUGUAUGACCAAUCCAAAUUUACAGUAAAACAGACUGAGAUGAUUAGUGUAGCUAAAAUCAAACAAAAAGAACCACACUAUGAAGCAAAGGUUGUGAAUUCCACCUGGAUAGUGAAGCCUUCUCCUUUACCAGAGGAAAUAGAAACUUCAACUUAUUUAAGUUCAUUGAAAAGGCCAUCUCCAAUAGACAAAAUAGAAUCUCUUGGCAAAGCAGAAUUUAAGGAGGACAAUGAGACAGUUCUUGAAAGUUUUAUCAGUAUGCACAAAGACUCCCUGACAGAGAACCUGGAAGGUGGCCAUGGAACAUCUGAUCCAUCAGCAGAUAGAGAGACAUCAAUGAUUUGCAUAUCUGAAAUUAGUCAGAAAGAAUCGCAACAAAAAUGGCAAAUUAACUGUUCCACCCAAACAAUGACAUCUUCUCCUUUAACAGAAGAAAAGAAAACUUCAACUUUCUUCAGUUCGCUAAUGGAAGAGACACCAACAGAAAUACAGGGAUAUCAAUAUAAAUUUUUGGCUGGCAAAAGAUCCUUAAAACAAGAGACUCCUACAAUUAAACAUUGCCCACCUGAAUUUUUCCAGCAUGUUGCAUCUCCUAAAAUUAAGCAAGGAGACUUGUGUGUGCUUGAGUGCCAAUUUCAUGGGCACCCACAACCUACUGUAACUUGGUAUAAGGAUGAACACCCAAUUCCACGAAGUAGGGACUGUAAUAUUUACUCCAUAGAAAACAAAUCUACAUUGAGUAUUGGGUGCACUUGCAAAGAACAUGAAGGAGUAUACACAUGUGUAAUAUUCAACCAAUAUGGAACUGCAAGUACAUCUGGCAUACUUAGAAUACAAGAACCAGAGCUGUUUGAAGAAUCUUUGAAAAGGUUUAAUAUACAUGUGACUGAAGCACCAGAGAACUAUACUGAAGAGGAUGAUGUUGACCAGCUGGUUGAAAAUGAAAUUGAGUCUUAUUUUCCACUUUAUACUGCAACAAAGUCCACCUUGCAAUUACCAAAAGUUGCAGCACCCCAACCUUGUCCUAUAAAUUUAUCUUUGCUUUCUUCUGUUGAAAUUAAAAUAACUGCUCCAACUCCAACUCCAGAGCAAGAUGAGGAAUGGAAAGAGUUACUUCAAGAAGAUGAAUUUGAUUCCAAGCAGUCAUCUCAAGAACCGUCUUCUCAGACUGCAAAACAUAAAUUUACGUUCUCUUUUGAUGUAAUUUCUGAACCUCCACAGGUUGUAAAAGAAUUAGAUAAGAUUUGUUGUGCAGAAGGAGCAUCGGUGAUGUUUGAAUGUCUAAUUUCUGGAGAGCCAACACCUGUUGUUACAUGGAUCCAAAAUGACAGAGUUUUAACUUAUGAUAAUAGCAAGCACCGAUUUGAAGAGAGUGGAGGAAUGUAUAGAUUAUAUAUUGAUGGUGUUGCAGCAUCUGAUUUAGGGAACUAUAAAUGUGUGGCUAAAAAUAAAGCUGGAGAAGUACAGAGCGUAUCUAGUCUUACAAUAGAGCCAGCAGUGCAUAGUUUCAUUUGCCAUCUGAAGGAUAUUGAGCCAUUUGAUGAGGAAGCAGAGUCAUCUGUUAGCCGUUUUCUACUUAAUCUAAGUAAAAUGGGACAGGAAGAAGAUAUUGAGCAACAAGAACAAUUAUCGGUACAUGAAGGACAUGUGGAAACUUCUACGUUAUUUGGCAUAAAAGAACAACUAUCUGGAGACUCCAUGACUUGCACUGCUGAUGAAUUUUCAAGUAAAGUUUCAUCUUUAAAGGAAGAGAGUAGUGAAGCAAUAAUAGGCUCACUAACUUCCUUUUCUGAUGAAUUUUCAUCUUUGAGGGAGGAAAGCAAUAAAAUAGUCACGGAUUCAGCAACAUCCUUUGCUGAUGACUGUUCAAGUAAAUCUUCUUCUUUGAUGGAGGUUAGUAAGAAAGUUGUCACAGACUUAGAGUUGACAGGUCAAAAAAUGCCAGUUAUAGCAGCGGAAGAAACAUAUUCUGUUAGCCAGUAUCUACGCUCUCUUGACAAAAACCAGACGUUAUUUGAAGCUUGGAAGAUGGAAGAAGAAACAGAACCAAAAGGGGAUAAAUGUGCCUCUGUAACUGAAAUGUAUGAGAAUAGUAUAUUUCCAGAAAGUGCAAUUAAGCAAGUUGCUAAAAGUAAUAGAGCAGAAACAGAAGGAAAUAUGUCAGAGAUGGAGUUAAGUGAUAACUCAAUAUCUCCUAAACCCAUUUAUGACAAUGUAGAUCUGGCAGAAACAAUUUCUAAGAAAGAUGAGGGAGAUGAAAAUGUUUCCAUAGCACAGUAUCUCCCUACUGCAAGACAGGAAGAAGCACCAAUUCAUGAGGCAAAUAAUGAGGUGUUUGGGUAUGAUGAGUCUGGAAUAACUUCCAUGGAGGUUGAGGAAGUAACGUUUGCUGCUGUUUAUGACUACUAUAAUCAAAAUGAAGAGUGGGCACGCUCUCUUUCCCCUGAAUCCGAAAUGUCAAUUGAGAUUAGCAGUACAAUUAGUGAUGAUGUAGCAGAGAAUGAAAGAUUUUAUACACCACCCUUGGCUUCUGAAAAUUUCAAAUCUGCUGUGUCUGUAGAGUCAUUCCAUACCCCACCUCAAUCUCCUGGCUAUGUGACUCCUCCAGAAAGAUUGUCUUCACCUAAUGCUGUGGGUAGUUCUCCUUUUGGCGCUUUACUGGAGAGGUUUUAUACACCACCAGAAUAUUUCCGAACUCCAAUAGAUGAGGGUAUUGAAACAACACCUCUCGAGUAUGUAAGCCUAGCUACAGAAGAACCAAGAUCAGAGUCCUUUUCAACUCCUCCACAGGAAGCUGAAGCAAAAGGAAAUGAAAUGCCACCUGCGUUUAUCAAACCUCUUGUCAGAAAAAGAAUCUAUGAAGGAGGCACACUUACAUUUAUCACUGAAGUAAUUGGUUGCCCAAUUCCAGAUGUUAAGUGGUAUAGGAGAAAAUCGUUAUUAGAACCAAACCAUAGAACUAGACUUGAAAGAGAAGGAAAUUUGUGUAUAUUAGUAAUUCAUAGCGUUCAGAGAGAGGAUGAAGGAGAAUACAUUUGCAAUGCUGUAAACAUCGUAGGUGAAGCCAAGAGUAUUAGUCAGGUAGAUGUUUUACCACAAGAUGGAAGGUCAAUUGCAUUGCCACCCCCUGUGACUCAUCAACAUGUUAUAGAGUUCGAUGUGCAGCAAGGCCAAACAUCAAGAUCUCCAUCACCUCAAGAAAUUCUUCUGGAAGUUGAACUUGAUGAAUGUGAAGUGAAAGAAUUUGAAAAACAGAUAAAGAUUGUUACAAUUCCUGAAUUCACUCCUGACAAUAAAAACAUGAUUAUCUCCCUGGAUGUCCUUCCUAUGAUGAUUGCUGAUGAACAUAAUCUUGACUUUAUAACAAAAGAAAAUGAAGAUGUGAAAAUUUAUUUUGAAGCCACUGAAAUGCCCCCACGAUUUAAUAGUCAUAUUUUUGACCUUGAGAUUCCAGAAAAUACUGAUGCAGUCUUUGAAUGCUCAGUGACAGGUAUUCCUACCCCUGAAAUAAUGUGGUUCAAAGAUGAUUCACUCAUAGCUGUGGAUGGCAAGAAAUACAUUAGAACAGAUAAUUCUAAUCAUAGCCUUAAAAUAGCCAAUGUUUGUCCUUCUGACAAAGGCAUAUACAGUUGCAAAUCAGUGAAUAGCGUUGGAGAAACAACAUGUAGAGGUUAUCUUGCAGUGACAAAUUCAAAUAUGGAACUUAAAAAAGCAGGUGGUAGAGCUGUAGCUGUUGUACAAUUGGGUAGUGCUCAAAAAUGUCCCCAGGAAUUGGAUGUUGAUGUUGGUCAUUCUUUAUUGCAUAGCAACCAGAGUUCAGAAAUUGAGGUUGAGUUUGAAUUUGAGCAAGGUACUGAUGAUUCUCAGAAAUUAGUGAAACUCAUAGCAGUAACAGAGAAUGGAAAUGAAGAAAAGGGAGAGAAAUGUGUGAACAUUAGUUUUGAUGUAUUUGGUGAGCCUGCCAAGGAGGAGACUGUUCAGUUUAAAGCAGAGGCUUCUGAAAACUGUUCAUUUGAAUUUCAAGUGACAGAAACUCCACCAAAAUUUGUAAUAUCCCUCCUUGAUUGUACCGCAACUAUAGGGAGCUUAGCAUCUUUUCGAUGCUUAGUGACUGGUACUCCAAAACCUAGUGUAAUGUGGUAUAUGAAUGACAGAAUACUUGAAGGUGCCAACUACACCAUUGAGGAAAAAGAUUCCGGGCACCAUUAUUUGAACAUUGUAAAUGUUACAGAAAGUGAUGCUGGAGUAUAUAAGUCCAAAGCUGUUAACAAAGCUGGGAAUGCAGUCUCAGAAGCUGUUUUAAAAGUACUUCAUUUGUAGAAGAGUACUUUUCUUCUGAAUGUCCUGUGACAUACUUCGAAUAAUAAGGAAUUUGAUUUUUUUUAGAUUUAUGGCACAUUUACGAAUUUGCUAAAUUCAAACAUGAAAAUAUAAUUGGUCUUACUGCGGAAAACAAUUAUAUCUUCUUAUUUGAUGUUGCUGCAAAGAUGGUUCAUUUUUAGAGGAUAUGUGUUGAUAUAUAAUAGUUGUACCUUGCAGUGGUGUACCAGCAGUGGAGCUUUAAUUUGUGAUGUUCAAACUAUUAGCUGAAAAGUAACUAUUGCAAAAAUACUAAUUGUUUUGGACUAGGAAUAUAAAAAAGCCUGGCUAAGUUUAAGAAUAGUGUGCUGAAAAAUAUAGCUAACUCUAGGUAUUCUAGAUCAAGCAGGCUAACUGUUAAUGGCUUGAUUGGCAUCUUUAAACAUAAAGGACAUAGUGUGUAUACAUAUUGCACUGAAGACCUGUUCUUUUGAAUUGGCACUGCAACAUUUAAGUAAACUUAACCAAAACCCUCAUCUUACAUGUACUUAAUUUUUGCAAAUUAUUUGUAGUAUGGUAUCCUUUGGUUAUGACUUUCCCUGAUUAAACGGGUGACCCACUUUCAAAGACACUGUCCAAACUCCUCUGAAAAUGCUGUAGUGAUGCAGGAAAAUUCUGUCAUUCUGAAUUCUUUUUCUUUGGCCCAAUACCUUGCUUCUGCAUGAAGUUGCCUGACAACUGAAUUGUGUUCCACAGUUCUCUUCAUGCAGAGGCCCAGGCACUAAAUUUAUCAGAGGUUUGCAUUCAAACAGAGAUCCUUCAGUGAUGGGUACAGCCAUUAAUGUGGUUCCUGGAGAUAUUUAUUUCAAAAUGCAUGCUGCUUUCCACUGAAAGAUUAGUUAAGACAUUUAAACCUUAUUAAGAAAGCAUUUAUCCUACUUGAUAUACAGUAGCUGAAUAUUUUUGUUAACAUUAAAUAUAACUGAAGAUGUGAAUUAACAUACAAAGAACGAUUUAUGGUUAACUUUUUGAAGACUAUAAUUUUCCACAACAAAAAAGCAUUUCUUAGUUCAUGUUUGGCUGGAAAAUGUAACUGAGGAGAAAUACAUGGGGCAGCAAUUUCCGGUUGGCGAGCAGUGGCAGGGCCUGCUUGCCGAUGCGUAAAAUGACACUUGAUGACUUUGGGCGUGCAUCCCGAUGGCACCCCGCAUCAUUUAGAUUCUCAGUUCUGCAGGCACGCAGCCGGGUCAGUGGCCACUUAAUGCCUUUAGAAAAGUAAUUUACCUACUUAAUGGGCCUGCCCAUCCAACCUUGGUGGACAGAUGAAGAGCCCAGAUGGCCUUCUGAAAAAGCAUGAAACCUCAUCCAAGGUGGGGGAUGAGGUUUCAUGAGGGAUUUAAAA